CUACAACAAUUACAUCUCAUUUUGACGCUGUAUGUAUUGUAACUAAAUAAAAAAUAUUGAAUACGUAAAUAAGACAGAACGCUUCACGAAGCGCCCGUUUCGCAAGGCGCUGUGAAAAAGGAGCAUAUGUUUGCAUUACUGUGGGGAUAACAUUUUUAUUUUUUACAAAAUACAAUCACUAUCUUCUAAAAAUGAAUGGAAAUUGGAACGUUUGGGUCCCACAUACAGGUCAAUUGUAAAUAAUAAGAAGAGUUAUUACUGAAAGUAAUAACGAUGCAUUCAUGAAGUGUGGCAUCGUAAAUUCUAGAAAGUAGUCUAAACUCGUGAAACCUACUUAAUUCCACCUAUAAAAAUUGCGUUAUCGUCAGGCUUAAGUUUUGUAUUAUACUUUUAAGCCUUUAUAUCUAUACACAACCAUAUACCUAUCUGUUACCUACUCAAACUAUUCAUAUUGCGCGGUGUGUAACUGCAAAAACGUUUCCUACGCCUUGAAUAUCAUACGUGUACGUACAUUAUAGAAAAAAAUAAUACACAAAAUCAAGUGUAUAAAUAGGUGAGAUUAACAAAGAAAAAAAGUACUACGAAAUACAUUCUAUCAUGCGCAUUUUCCUUUGGCUUUUUAUGUGCGCACCAAUUUUGAUCUUGAUCUAUGGCGAUACAACUGAACGUAACGAUGAUUACAAGUGUAUACUUCCGGAGCUCACACUAGACGACUUGAAUUUAGAUAUGAAACAAUUUUUGGAAAAUUUCGCAAAAGUUAAAGAGAUAAAAUUUCCAAUAUCGUUUGGGCCUCUGCCGGAGAAAUAUAUUUGUAAAUUGAAAUGUGUGGAUGGAUAUUGGGUGGGCCCUCUUUGUUCGAGUUCACGAGAUGGCAGAUUUAAGACUCUCUUGAAAGAGUGUACGUACAAUAAUGAUUUCCCACUAUUAUCAGUUUCGUAUAAAAAUUCUUCUAUUGAGAAUGAUACAAACUUUCCGCAUAACACAACUAUUACUGCAAGGUGCAAAUAUUUUGGUAUGUAUAAGCUAAAAGGGGAGAAUGAAAUACGCUGUGAAAAUGGAGAGUGGGAUCCGAAGUUUCCUGAAUGCGUACCAACCACAGUCAUAACAAAUUUCACAGGCGAUGCUCCACCGACAGUGAGGUAUGAGGUAGCAAGUGGUUCCGCCAUUGUACAACCUACUGGUGAAGUGUAUGUUUACCCUGAUAGUACCAUUUGGCUUGAUUGUAUGUCACUGAGAACGGCUGGCGAACCAGAAUGGACAUGGACUCAUAGUAUGGAGAACUAUAAAACAGGAUGGAUCAAUGAACUCGACAAUAUAUUCCGUAUUACUCUGCCCAAGCUUGGUGCUCGUUUUGCUGAAACAUUUACCUGCGCUACACCAGCUGGAACAACAAACAAGAUAUCUAUCAGAGUUGUUAGUGUUAGUUGCAAUCCUCUUGCAACAUCGUCACCUCCAUUGAGACUAUAUACUACGGGUAAUAAGCUUGGAAAUACUGCUCAUUUCAGUUGUGAACCUGGCUACCAUCUCAGUGGAUCGCACCAACUCCAUUGUAUGGGAAAUGGUCAUUGGUCUUCUUUGCCACCCACUUGUGAAGAGACUUUCUGUCCAUUCUUCACAUCCCUGAAUCCUCAUUUAAGUAUCAUUGAACACAAUUCUUCUUUCGGAGGAAGAGCUGUGUUCACUUGCUCCUGGGGUUACCGACUCGUUGGAGCUCCAGGAUUAGAAUGUGAGCAUGACGGCCAAUGGUCCGGGGAAAUGCCACAAUGCAUACCUAUAUACUGCCCUGAUCCUAUCAUACCGGAACAUGGACAACUUUUGACGAAAACUUCAUCUAAAGACGGAAAAUAUCCCGUGGGUGACCUCUUAAUCUAUACAUGUGAUACUGGUUAUCACGUUUUGGGCGAAGCCUCCAUCGUGUGCACAGAAAAUGGCUUUUGGUCCCACCCACCACCUUUCUGCCUACCACCCGCGGAAAUAAAAAAUCCAGAUACUAUUUAUAUAGAAAAUACUACUUUAGUUCACGUUGACAAUAACUAUUAAUUUGAGUCAAAAAUGUAUAAGGACUAUAUGUAUAAUGUAAUUAUAAAAAGAUAGAUUGUUAUGCGCACCUGCAUGCAAGUAGGAAUCAUAGGGGUUAAGAGUCAAAGGCGAGAGAGAGAUGCGAUAAUCUGAUUAUAUUGAUAUCAUAUCUAUUUAGUUUUUGACAUAUAACAAUAUAUUAUCUGUGUAAAUGUUUGUAUAUUUAUUCCAAAUGACUCAUUUGUUUCUUUCGGUCGCAGUGUAAAAUAAAUAAGUCAAAAAGAGACAAAAGAUUCAUUGUAUUAGAAAAGUAAGUACAACUAGACCGUAUCAGUUUUUAUAAAUAAGUGAGAAUACCUUUGUAGCAUUUUUGUAAUAAAUAUAAAAUAAGAGAGUAAUGUAAGGCAAUAAUGGAAA